UGGGAAUCGUAGUCUCUUCACCCACUUCCGCGUUUUCUUGGAGCCUGGACUUUGCAGCGCGGGUUCUGUUCACGGGAAGCCAACUCCUCUCUGCCCGCCCGCAACCCGCGAUGCCUGCCCCGCAGUGCGCCUCCUGCCACGCGGCGCGCGCCGCCCUCCGCCGCCCGCGCUCCGGCCAAGCGCUGUGCGGCGCCUGCUUCUGCACCGCCUUCGAGGCCGAGGUGCUGCACACGGUGCUGGCGGGCCGCCUGCUGCCGCCCGGCGCCGUGGUGGCCGUGGGCGCCUCGGGCGGCAAGGACUCCACGGUGCUGGCGCACGUGCUGCGCGAACUGGCGCCGCGCCUGGGCGUCUCGCUGCGCCUGGUGGCCGUGGACGAGGGCAUCGGCGGCUACCGGGACGCGGCGCUGGCGGCCGUGCGGCGCCAGGCGGCGCGCUGGGACCUCCCGCUCACCGUGGUGGCCUACGCCGACCUGUUCGGGGGCUGGACCAUGGACGCCGUGGCCCGCAGCACGGCCGGCUCCGGCCGCAGCCGCGCCUGCUGCACCUUCUGCGGGGUGCUGCGGCGCCGCGCGCUGGAGGAGGGGGCGCGCCUCGUGGGAGCCACGCACAUCGUGACGGGCCACAACGCCGACGACAUGGCGGAGACCGUGCUCAUGAACUUCCUGCGGGGCGACGCGGCGCGGCUGGCCCGGGGCGGGGGCCUGGGCUCGCGGGGCGAGGGGGGCGCGCUGCCGCGCUGCCGCCCCCUGCAGCUGGCCUCGCAGAAGGAGGUGGUGUUGUACGCGCACUUCCGCCGCCUCGACUACUUCUCGGAGGAGUGCGUCUACGCGCCCGAGGCCUUCCGCGGCCACGCGCGCCAGCUGCUCAAGCUCCUGGAGGCGGCGCGGCCGUCGGCGGCGCUGGACCUGGUGCACUCGGCCGAGCGCCUGGCCUUGGCCCCGGCCGCGCGGCCCCUGCCCCCCGGCGCCUGCUCCCGCUGCGGGGCGCUGGCCAGCCGCGCGCUCUGCCAGGCGUGCGCCCUCCUGGACGGCCUGCAGCGCGGCCGGCCCCGCCUGGCCAUCGGCAAGGGCCGCGGGGGGCGCGACGAGGAGGGGCCGUCGGCGCCGCGGGAGCCGGAGCGGCCGCCACCCCCGCCUCCCAGCGACCCCGGCUGUGCGCCGGGCCCCGCCGCCGGGGAGUGCGGGGCCGCCUGCAAAGAGUGCUGCGAAUAAACCCAAGUGGCCUCCA